UGCUACCGAGCCUGCACCCUUCGCUUCGAGCUUCUGGGCUGUGAAUUGAAUGGAUGUUCUGAGCCCCUGGGCCUGAAGAAUAACUCAAUUCCCGACAGCCAUAUGACAGCUUCCAGCACCUACAAGACUUGGAACCUGCGUGCCUUUGGCUGGUACCCCCACUAUGGGCGGCUGGACAUGCAGGGCAAGAUCAAUGCCUGGACAGCCCAAAGCAACAGCAACAAAGAGUGGCUGCAGGUUGACCUGUGCACUCAGAGGCAUGUGACGGGAAUCAUCACCCAGGGGGCCCGUGACUUUGGCCAGGUCCAGUAUGUGGCAUCCUACAAGGUGGCCCACAGUAACGACGGUGUGGAGUGGACCAUAUAUAAGGAACAAGGGACUGACAAGGUCUUCCUUGGCAACUCGGACAACAACUCACACAAGAAGAACAUUUUUGAGACGCCCAUCGUGGCUCGCUAUGUGCGUGUCCUUCCUGUCUCUUGGCAUAAGCGCAUCACUCUGCGCCUGGAGCUGCUAGGCUGUUAGUCCUCUGUCCUUCCAGCCCAAUCGACCAGGGGGGCCAGCCAGCGCUGAGAUCUCCCUCCCCUGCCUCCUGUGCCUGCUGCCUCUGGCUGGCUGCCUUCUUAGCCCUUCCUCCUGAUUGGAUUGGGGCUGGAGGCAGGAAGGGGGAGGCAGGGUACCAGACUUGCCCUUCACCUUUUCCCU